UCUGGUUCAUGGUUGGGGAAUGGAUAUGAAACUUGGGUACUGUACUCAGGUGAUCGUAGCAACAAAGUAGGCAUUGUCGAUAGCGAAUAUAUCUUUCAUCAAGGCAUUCAAACACUAGGUGGAAGUGGUGAUCCUGAUAAGAAGAACUCAGCUCGCAGUGGUGUAACUCGGAAACGAGGUUCUCCGGCUUUUGAUUCAAGAACAGAAAUAAGGAGGCAAUCAACAUGGGAGCUUCGAUCUUUUAAAGAACGGUGGAACCAAGCUGUUGCAGAAGACAAGAAUUGGGUCGACCGGUCUUCAUCAACUCGGAAUCGAAUUGGCAAUAACCGGAGAUUAAAACGAAGUAGUGUGAUUCCAAGUUUAGUGCAGAGGAAAGCUAAAGAGACUACAACAUUAAAAAAAACUCUUACAGUUUUUACUCAGAUUAUAUAUAGAAAAUUUUUUGUUUUUUUUGGGGUUCUCAUUGUUAUAUAAAACUAUAUAAGUCAAUAGUUUGAUCAUUUUACUCUCUUUUGAUUAGUGUAGUUUUUGUGGUCUUCUUUUUUAGAUGUGGUUUGAUUAAUUCCAAUUAUUUUAGCA